UUUAAAUUCAAAAUGGCGGACGAGGGUGAGUUGCUGAAACCUCCAGUUCUUUGGGCCCAGCGGCGGGACAUGAUCCUGUUAAGAGUACAGAUACAACUAGCUGAAAAACCGGAUUUUAAUAUUUAUGAUACACACAUGAAUUUCAAAGGGUACGGUACUGGUGGUUCCUCUCAUAAGAAGUGGUAUGGAUUUGAGCUUGUGUUCCAUGAGCCAAUCAAUACUGAGAAAUGUCGUGUGAAGGUAUUCGAGAAUGAAAUUGAGUUUCGUUUGCUCAAGAAAAACUCCGGUGAAUGGUCCAAGUUACAAAGCUCUCACGUGAAGCCUCACUGGAUUAAACUUGAUUUUGAUCACUUUCACAUAUCAGAAGAUGAAGAUGAUGAAGAUAAUGACAAAAUGGAGGAACUUAGGAAGAGAAAAGCACUGCAACAAGAGUUGAAAUUACUUGAGGAAAGAACAAAACGGGAAAUUGAAUUACGCGAUACAGUCAAAGACAUAUCCCAUAAAGUGACAGCCACUUAUCUAGUCAUAUACAAUGUUGUGCAAUUCCUUGGGUUUCUAUUAAUAAGUACAAGAUUAAUAUUUCUAUUAAGUUACGGCGAAGUUGGUAUUUCUAGGGCCUAUAGUGACGUGGCUCCAUUAUUAAUGGCUUGUCAAAUCGGAGCCUUUUUAGAAGUGGUACACUCAGCUCUGGGUUUUGUAAAAGGUGACAUCGUCUCAUCGUUAUUACAAACGUGUGGACGUGGUUACAUCCUCUUCUUAACCAUCCCUUACUGUCCUUCCUUACAAAGAUCUCCUUUCGUAUUUCUCUUGUUCUUAGCUUGGUCUCUUAUUGAACUAGUCAGAUACCCGUACUAUGCCCUAGGUGUGUUGAAGAAGGAGGUGUGGCUGAUAACGUGGCUGAGGUAUUCAUUAUGGAUCCCUCUCUACCCACUGGGACUCACUUUUGAAUUGUGUAUUUAUGUGCUCAGUUUAUUGUAUGAAGCUAAUGGAGGAGGUUGGUCCUAUCCUCUACCUAAUGGACUCAACAUUGCAGUGGACCCUGUUGUAAUGAAAGUAUUGAUAUUCAUCUCUUUACCACCUGUAUUUUACUCUUUAUUGUCGCACAUGUGGUCUCAAAGAAAAAGAAAAUUAGGAGGAAUUAAGAAAAGAGACUGAGUGGGCGUGGACAUUUUUAAUUAAUUGAUUGAGUGUGAUGAAUAAUAAUUAGUAAAAAUGG